AUGCACAUUUCUUUAAUUACAGCCACGAAGGAAACAGCUUUCCUUCACGCCAUCAGCAGCGCUGCAAUCACCCACGAGAUAACGCUCCAAUGUGCUCGGAACAAAAUUCCUGGCUGCAGAUGCGGGAAAACGAAAUCAAGGAAGCGUGGAAACGCUGACUGGCAGUGGGGCGGAUGCAGCGACAACAUCAAAUACGGCGAGAAAGAGACAAGACGCUUCAUCGACAAACUAGAGAAAGGAAAUGACGCACGUACAGCAUUCAACCUGCAUAAUAAUCAUUUGGGAAGAAAGGUAGGCUGGUAGCUUGAAAUUAUCUAAUAAAAAGUUAAGAGACGGUUGCUGGGAAAAAGUGUUAAAUUUUUAAUUUCCUUUCCGAGAAUCCGUAGACGGCUUUAAGUUAAUGAGGAGUUUGGUGCAUAAUAAUAGCACAGAACGGGUGAUCCUUGCGAUCUGUUUGCUCUCAUCAAUGUGAUUUAUUCACGAAUCGUCAAAAUUUUUGCUCGAAAUCGCUUCAUUUCUAUUUGAGAUGAAAUGAGAUCAAAAGCGUCCCGUAUAUUUUCAAACGGGCAAGUGGUUCAAUUCCACAAAAAAAUCAUGCUGUAUAACUUAGUUUGCGGAGCUGAUGGUUUUCGCGCGUUUUGUCUUAACAGGCUGUUCGCGCAAGUCUCCAGAGGAACUGUAAAUGCCAUGGCGUCACCGGAAGUUGUAACUUGAAGACAUGCUGGAAGCAGCUUGCCCCGUUUGAGAUCGUGGGAUCAGCGUUAAAGCAGAAAUAUCGCGCAGCGACUCAGGUGACGUUCCUAAACAACAAACUUCAAGAGCGAGACAACCGCAACCGCUACAGUCAGGUAACAAGAAAAGACCUCAAGCUGGUUUAUCUUGACUCAUCCCCAGACUACUGCGUUCGAAACAUGACCGUGGGCUCUGCUGGAAUGCUGAGAAGGACAUGUAGAAGUGACAUUGUGUCCAAUGGACAAUGCCGAUCGCUUUGCAAUUCUUGUAACCUAAGGCACCGCACAGAAGAACAUUCCAAACAGGUUAAGUGCAGAAGUAAGUUUGUAUGGUGCUGUGCCGUUAAAUGUAAGCUUUGCACUGAAAAGUAUUCGCUCACAACUUGUGUUUAG